AUGAAUGUAGAUAAUUGCAUUGUGUAUCGCCUCAUAGAGGGGAACAUUAUUACAAAAGGUACACUACUCUGUCCCAUUACCAAGUGGCUUGAGAGCUGCUACUUGAGAAUCCAGAAGAAGAGAAAGCUCUGCGACAGUGGCAAGCUUCCCUGUGUGCUGACCUGCCACUUGGGCCAUACGAUCCAGCAGAGGCAAUGGUGCUUUAAAUGUCAGUGGCGGAUAGAGAUGCUGAUUCGAGCCUUUGACAGGCACUUACAGCUCGGUCUCCUGUGUCUGUGGGUCCGCGCCUUCCCGAGACUGGAGUUGGAUUUCCUUUUUGGAAUCCUACAUUUUGGGGGCUCGUCCGGGAUCUGCGCGGUCACCCCAGACUCCGAAGACCCCUUGGAGGUAAGCCUGAGUGACUGGGUGUGCGAGUGUGUGCGGCGCCGCGAAGCAUUGCUUUGGUCUCGGUAUCUGGGCAGCCGCCGCUUCGGCCGAGAGGGCCCAGCGGCUGCAGUGGCAGACCCCGGGGUCUACCCUGAGAUUGAGCCUCCUCCCGAAUGGCCCCCUUUCUCGCCUCCCCCUUACCCCUCCCCCGCUCCAGGAUCGCAAUCAGGACGGAGGGCGACUGGCUCGGGUCCCUCCGCUGGAACCCGAAGCCGCCGCGGAGCCACUCCGGACGGGCCUGAUACCACGGUGGCGCUCCCGCUAAGAGAGUAUGGAGCUCCUGCGGGGCCCAACCAGCUGUCACCCCUCCAAUACUGGCCUUUCUCUUCCUCAGACCUGUAUAACUGGAAAAAUAACCAUCCCCCCUUUUCAGAAAACCCCGCCGGAUUAACCGCCCUGAUAGAGUCCCUAAUGUUUUCCCAUCAGCCCACUUGGGAUGACUGUCAACAGCUCUUACAGGCACUCUUCACCACGGAGGAGAGAGAAAGAAUCACACAGGAAGCAAGAAAGAAUAUCCGAGGCACCAACGGGCAGCCGGCAACGAUAGCUGAGGCGGAAGAAGGGUUUCCGCACAACCGACCCAACUGGGACUAUAACACGGCUGAAGGUAGGGGGUCGCUGUCCGCUUACCGCCGGGCUCUAGUGGCGGGUCUCCGGGGAGCCGCAAGGCGGCCCACCAAUUUGGCUAAGGUAAGAGAGAUUCAGCAAGGACCCACUGAACCCCCCUCCGUUUUCCUAGAACGACUGAUGGAGGCUUACCGCAGGUACACGCCCUUUGAUCCGUCCUCGGAAGGGCAGAAGGCCUCUGCCAUUAUGGCCUUUAUUGGACAGUCAGCCCCAGAUAUAAAGAGGAGAUUACAAAGGCUAGAGGGGCUGCAAGACUACGACCUGCGGGACGUAAUAAAGGAGGCUGAAAAGGUGUAUCAUAAAAGGGAGAGUGAAGACGAAAAGCGAGAGAGAGAGAGAAGGGAGGCUGAGGAGAGGGAAGACAGGAGAGACAGGAGACGAGAAAAAAAACUAACUAAAAUACUGGCCGCAGUGAUAAAAGCGACAGGGCCAGAUCACAGACAGUCAGGGAACCUGGGCAACGCCCCACGACCAGGCUCACGCAGACGGCAACCCUUGGACAAGGACCAAUGUGCCUAUUGUAAGGAGAGAGGACACUGGGCAAGGGAAUGCCCCAAGAAAAGGGCCACACCCAAGGUGUUGUCUUUAGGAGAGGACGAAGAAUAGCGGGGACGGGGCUCGGGCCCCCUCCCCGAGCCUAGGGUAACCCUAACUGUUGAGGGGACCCCUAUGAGUUUUCUGAUUGAUACUGGGGCUGAAUAUUCAGUACUGAAGCAACCUUUGGGGAAAUUAAAAACUAAAAAGACUCUGGUUGUUGGAGCCACUGGGCAGAAACAAUACUCAUGGACUACUUCCCGGACAGUGGACUUGGGGAAAGGAAGGGUGUCCCAUUCCUUCCUAGUGAUUCCUGAAUGCCCGACCCCGUUGCUAGGUCGAGACCUUUUAACCAAACUGAAAGCUCAAAUAGAUUUUGCUCAACCUCGGCCUACAGUAUCCUGGUCCGCACCUACCACCAUGAUAUUGGCCCUGGAGCUAGAGGAAGAAUAUCGGCUCCAUCAGCAGCCUAAGCCUAGAGCUCGGCUCAAUACCGAUAAGUGGCUGAUCGAAUUUCCAACGGCAUGGGCUGAAACCGGGGGACUAGGGACGGCUACGAGAAUUCCCCCAGUCGUGAUAGAUCUUAAGGCCGGAGCCCUCCCGAUAAGGGUGCGUCAAUACCCAAUGAGCAAAGAGGCCAGAGAAGGAAUCCGCCCCCAUACCCAGAGGCUGCUCCAACAAGGAAUCCUGGUUCCUUGCCAGUCUCCUUGGAACACCCCCCUCCUGCCUGUAAAAAAGCCUGGAACUAAUGAUUAUAGGCCGGUCCAGGAUUUGAGAGAAGUAAAUAAGAGAGUGCAGAAUUUACACCCUACCGUGCCAAACCCAUAUAACCUACUCAGCUCCCUCCCCCCAUCACGAAAAUGGUACACUGUCUUGGACCUGAAAGAUGCAUUCUUCUGUCUACGGCUUCACCCAAAAAGCCAAUUACUUUUUGCUUUCGAGUGGCGCGACCCUGAUAUGGGGAUCGUUGGACAACUGACUUGGACGAGACUACCUCAAGGUUUUAAAAACUCCCCUACCCUGUUUGAUGAAGCCCUCCACAGGGACUUGACUGAUUAUAGGGUUAAAAACCCUCAAGUGACUCUUUUACAGUAUGUAGAUGAUCUACUGUUGGCGGCGGAAACCCCGGGAGACUGUGAAGAAGGGACCAAGCGCCUCCUGGCCGAGUUGGGUGAGUUGGGAUACCGGGCGUCGAAAAAAAAGGCACAGUUGUGCCAGGAAAAAGUAGUCUACUUAGGCUACACAUUAAAGGACGGCCAAAGGUGGUUAACCGACGCACGGAAAAAGACUGUGACCCAGAUUCCGGCCCCAACCUCCGCUCGCCAGGUAAGGGAAUUCCUGGGGACAGCCGGCUUCUGCCGAUUGUGGAUCCCUGGGUUUGCUACCCUGGCUGCUCCACUGUACCCAUUGACUAAGGAAAGUGGGAACUUUGUCUGGACUCUAGAGCACCAGAAGGCUUUUGAGACUCUAAAACGGGCAUUAUUAGAGGCACCCGCGUUGGCCCUACCAGAUUUGACCAAGCCCUUCACCUUGUAUGUAGAUGAAAGAAAGGGAAUCGCCCGGGGAGUCCUAACUCAAGCCCUUGGGCCCUGGAAGCGCCCAGUCGCAUAUCUAUCAAAAAAACUGGAUCCGGUAGCCAGUGGAUGGCCCUCCUGCUUAAGGGCAAUCGCCGCCACUGCCCAGCUGGUAAAAGAUGCAGAUAAGUUAACUCUGGGCCAACAGAUAACCGUAGUAGCCCCCCAUGCCUUAGAAAGCAUUAUCAGACAGCCUCCAGAUCGAUGGAUGACUAACGCCCGGAUGACUCACUACCAAAGUCUGCUCCUAACUGAGAGAAUUACCUUCGCCCCACCGGCCAUCUUAAACCCGGCCACACUACUGCCCGAAGCAGAUGAUGAAAUACCUGUUCACCAAUGCGGCGACAUCUUGGCAUCAGAAACGGGGACCCGACCCGAUCUGCCGGAUGAGCCAUGGGCUGGGGCCCCUAAUUGGUACACCGACGGCAGCAGCUUUAUGGCAGAAGCCCGCUUGAAAGCACUCGAGGCCGUCAGGCGCGACAUCUGGAACCAGCUAAAAGAGGCCUACCAGCCUGGUGAUCUGCUCAUCCCGCACCAAUUCCAGGUUGGGGACUCUGUCCUUGUGAGACGACAUCGGACGGGGUCAUUAGAGCCACGUUGGAAGGGGCCCUACGUGGUGCUCCUCACUACGCCCACAGCAGUCAAGGUGGACGGUAUAACCUCUUGGGUUCACGCCACACACGUAAAGAAGGCACCCCAGAAUGCAGCAGAUCUCUGGAAGGUGGAAAAGACUGAUAACCCUCUUAAACUGCGUUUGCGUCAUGGGAACGGCGAGCAGGUCGUCCAAUCCUAAUCCCCACGCUCCUCAACUGCUCACGUGGCAAGUCGUCUCCCAGGUAGGAGAUAUAACCUGGUCAAUCCAAAAAACUGCUUCCCCUUGGACAUGGUGGCCAGACUUACACCCUGACCUUUGUAAACUGGCUAUAGGAACCCCCGACUGGGAUUUCAUGGGUCGACGAAGGGGGGCAAAACAAGCCGGAGGAUGCCACUCCCCCCAUCGCAAGGGUAAACUAAAGGCAUACCCCUUUUACGUGUGUCCCGGUCACCACAGACCUCGUUCAAUUGACUCCUGGUGCGGGGGCAAAGAAGACUUCUACUGUAAAAACUGGGGAUGUGAAACCAGUGGGACUACUUAUUGGGAACCCUCCUCUUCUUGGGAUUUAAUCAGGGUUAGAGCAAAUUAUAGCCACCAGAUGAGUCGGGGCUCAGAAUGCAAUACCUGGUGCCACCCCUUAACCAUUCAGUUCACAGGGAAGGGAAAAACAAUUAAAACCUGGAUCGGGAAUGGUCAUUCAUGGGGAAUAAGAUUGUACAAAGAACGGUA